AUGAUGGGACAGCCAGACGGGCAAUGGGCCGACAAAAAUAUGAAUAUUACGAUAAUGAAAGAUGGACAGAUUACUACGCAAGCGGACCACUCCAACGUAGAUGCAAUUGUCGUCCUUGACGCAGGAAAUAUAUCCGGUCGUAAAAUUCGGCAUCAUGUCUGGACACCAAAUGAUAAUGUCGAUUUUGAAAAACCCACCCUCAUCGAUUUCGCCUUGGACAAAACUGUCGAAAAAGCCAUAGAAGAAGCCGAAAAUAAUUUCUACAAGCAUCUAGCGAUGCAGAUCGCCUUUAGGAAGGUUCAUGGAAACUACGCCCCAAUUUACGAAACCGCCAGCACGCGAAAAUUCUACCUUGGCAGAACGGAAACGAUAAAAAGUCGUACGCCCGGGGCUGUGGCUUUUACUAAUGCGCUAUUGGAGAGUAAACCGCUGGCCUACGACGCCCAUAACAAAUUGAUGGCCGAGGCGAUGGAGGGAAUGGGAUGUGACCGCCACCUUUAUGGACUUCGAAAAACGCUUGAAAGCAUGAACAAGGGUUCUUGCAGCUCGAAAAGAGCCGAACCAAGGGAUAGUUCCAUGAUAAGUAUUUCAGAAGUUAUCGAGUCCUCCGGUGAGCUCCGGACCCUUGCGAAUGCUUCAAAUCUAAGCCUUACGGUAGAUACGGCAUUAAAGCCAAACGCAACACACAAGCCCGGCUUCAAACUGUUCUACAAGCUUGACGGGAUGAGGAGAGCUGCUGUGCAAUGUAAUAUGCUAAAAGUCCGACCGGUCGGAGGGCCAAUGUCCAAACUGAUCGUUAUUGAUCCGCGUCUAUUUUUCGACAUCCCGUAUCGAGCCUUUUCUUUGACGCAUCGCUGGCAAGACGAGGGCGGUUUUGAAUGGGAAAAGAAUGAGGGCGACACGGACGACUACAAAAUGUGGAUCACCGUCCGCCCCUACUACUCUUUGAAGACC